CGCAAUUUUCAUUCGAAAAGGGCGGUAAAUAUCAAUGCACGUGUGUUCAUUAAAAACAUUGCAAAACGAAGUAUUUAUUAAGUUUUAUCAACUAUAUUGUAUUUAUGAUCAUAUCAUAUAAUUAACAGUAGAAGGGUCUAAGAACCGUUUUCAAUGUAAUAAAAGAAGACAGGUUAUAUAGAGGAUUAGGUGACCUCUGAAGGAACCGGUCAUUAUUUUAAAAAUGAGUGCCGAUAACUACUACCGAUUUAUAUUGGAACGUAUUAAUACUUCGGACAUAAUUGUAUUAGAUAAACCAGGACAUACAUAUACUUGUGGUAGAGGCAAGGAUAAUGAAAUAAUAUGCCUUAGUCUGACAGUAUCUAGACGUCAUUGUAUGUUUUUCCAUAGAAAAAAUGAAUUAUAUGUUACAGAUUUAAAGAGCUCGAAUGGUAUAUUUAUAAAUGACAUAGCUCAAGAGCCCUUUCAGACAACUCAAUUACACUCGAAUGAUGUUAUUGGCAUUGGAUGUCCCACUGCUGCAGAUGCAACUGAAAACAGUGAUCUAUAUGUGUAUAAACUACAUUCAAUUGGACCACGACUUCUGGAAGAUGGUCACAGUGUUAGUACACUUUCAGAAACUACUAUAGUAAAUAAUGUAAAUAUAGUUAAUAAUAAGUCAAUGACUGACAGAGCAGAUAAACGUAAAAGAGAAGACACGAAUCCCAACUUGGAAGUGGCAAGUAAAAUUCCCAAGUUGCAAAAUGAAAAUUAUAUCUUAGAAAAAAAUUAUCUGCAAGAAAAGGAUAAAGAGAAAAAUGAAAAUGAUAUUGAAAUAGUUCAUAUUUCAUUGAAUAACAGUUCAUCAAAUGGAAAAAAUAAAAAUUGUGAUAAAUUAAAUGCAAAGAAACAUAUGGAUAUCAACAUGCCUACAUCAAAUAAUUGGACAAACAAUACAAGAAGAGAAUCAUCAAUAGAUGAUAAAUUAAUAAAUUGUCAGGACCUGAGAUCAAAUAUGAUAAUAAGCACCACAAAAAAAGAUAUUAAAAAAGGGGAAAUUUCUCUCAAUAAGAGUACAGAGAAAGUAAAUGCAAAUAUGUUACAAGAGAUUAAUACUUAUACUGGAAAUAAUUUAAUGUAUACUGAAGAUGUACAGAGUACAGCAAAUAAUUUAUUCUAUACUAAAGAUGUACAGAAUACAGCAAAUAAUUUACAUAAUCGUAAAUCUAAAAAUACAAUUAAGGACAAUAGAAUAAGAGUAAAAUCUGAUUUAGAAAUCAGGAAUUACAACUCAAAACACAGUAGAAGAAAUAAUAGUGAAACAAAUACUGUGAAUGAAAUACGAAAACCAAAUACAGUUGAUAAAACCAAUCAAUUUAAAAACAAUGAAGAAGGAGAUUUACUCGCAACACUUCCUUCAAAUUUCAUGUGUAGCAAGGAUGGUAUCAUAAAAUUUGAAGAUGAAUUCCAAUUAACCGAUACUGAUAAAAAUGCUAUUUUAAAUUCCUCGAAUACAAGUUUCAUUCCAGUCGGAUCUCCAAUAAAACUAAAGAAAGUGCAACAACAACCAAAAACAAAAUUUUCAGAGGACGAUGUUAUAAACUUAAGCGAUAGUGAGGAUGAUAUUUUUCCGUGCUCCCAACUGUUUGAUAUUGGCUAUGGUAUGAACACAACCAUGAAAGAUGAGGUAAAAGAGGAACAACCUACAGAAGUAGAAAGUGAGAGAUUUGGUAUAGAUGAUGUGGAUUUUGUUAUUUCAAUAACAGAUAGUGAAGAUGAAGAAGAUAAGAAUUGGUUUUACAGAUUAUCCCGAAGUCAAAUAUUCAGCGAAAACGAUGAAAUUGAUCUGAAAAGUAAGAAUGGUGUAAAAAAAGAAGAUAUAGAUAUAAAUGUCGUAACUAAGGAACCAAUUGUAAGCGAGUUUGAAUUAAUCGAAACUAAUGAAGAGCUACCAAAUGAGUUAGUUCCCAGAGCAACCAUAGAUGAAGAAAAAGAAGCAGAGAACUCGUCUUUGCAGGAUAUGGACAAUUUAAAUAAAGUAUUUUCACCAGAAAAUACUUUACUUCAACAAUUCACGAGCGCUACUAGUGAUACUAAAAAACAUUCUAAGUCUCCGAAAAAUCAGAGUUUGUCUCCAGUGCAAAAAGAGGCAGGAAAUUAUAUUCAUCCCUUGAGUAAAAUAAAAACUAUUACACCUACCAAGAGCAAAAAGUCGGUUGAGAAAAAGGUGCCUCAAAUCGAACCUCCACACUUACCUACCUCCAGAAGACGAAGAAGUGUUUCUAAUAAAGAUAAACAAAUCCCUGAAAAGUCUGAUAAAUCUGUAAGAUCUGGAAAUUCUGAAAAAUCUGAAAAAUCUUCGAAACCGCGAUUAAGUGCUAAAGAAAAGAAAGAACAACAAGAAAAGUCGAAGUUAGAGCAAUAUAUGCAUGCAAAGGAGCAAAAGAAUCGUAAAGUACUUCACAAAUGGGCCAGUUGUCUUCCCCCUAGUACAAAGAAAUUAAAUACUCUUUCUAAGGAAGAGAAGAAAGCAUUGGCAGAUAAUAGAAAGAUGAAAUUGAAGAAAAUUGCCGAAGAAAACCGGGUAUUUUUAGAAGGUAAUCAAGAAAAGAAACGUAUUGUUUCUAAACCAAAAGCGAAAGUAACGACAAAGUCACGAAACGAUUUCCUUGUCGAGGAGACGAUCGCUGCAUCUAGAGAGGAAAUUGUAACAGAGGAGUCUAAAGCUUUGUCUAGUCGAUCCGCAACAGCAAAUAGAACUUCUUCAAAUGCAAAAACGAUUGAUUCAACAAAACGUAAAAAUGUCUUUAAAGAAAUAGCAAUGGAUGUACAGCAUAAAUUAACUCUUAAUGAUAUUUCGAAUUUGGGAAAAAUUCCUAAAAAAUCUAAUAAUACUAAAAUAAAAAUAAAUAUCGUAGAAGCAGAAACAGCAUUAAAAGAUCUUUCAUUGGAAGAAAAAACAGAGAAAACAAUUAAAUCGAAAGAUACUGCAGUAAGUGGUAAACCAAGCUUAGAAUCUUGUAAGACAGUGGAAAAGGGACCUUCUGUACCUCUUAAGUCAAAUCUUAAGUCACCUGUAAAACCGAAUUCAAAGAAACGAGUGUCUUUUUCUACAGAGAUUCAAACUGUUCGUGAAUAUGAAAUUGAUGAAUCAAAUGUUUUAAAAAAACUGACAGGAAAAGAUGCUCCUGUACGUCGAGAAAAGAUCAAUACAAUGAACCAAUUUUUAUGCCGCAUCUUAUGCUGGAAACCAGUGUGGUUGGAAGAACAGCUAUAUUUGAAUCAAGAUCCACCUGUUAUUCAGCCUGAAGAACUUAACCCUACCUUAACUCAUUAUAGAUCGUAUGAUGAAUAUUAUAAUACUAUAAGUUCGCUUUUGUUGCUGGAAAUUUGGCAUAAUAUCACAAACAAAUUUCAGAGCAUAGAGGAUAUACACAGACGGCCCACAUUCAUGUGCUCUAUAGUUAAAAACUCUAUUCAGACGAAUGUGGAGCCAAAUAAUAUACUUCUUACAACGUUGAUGGUAGAAGUAUUAGCCACAAAGGACGAUAUACAAAAGCAAAUUCAUCCUAAGUAUGGGGACCUUGUAUUUUUUGAGUAUGUUCAAAGUCAUGAAAACUCACAAAAAUCAAAAGAUUUUCGUAAAGUGUUCGCAUAUGUUACUAACGUACACACAACAGUAUUAACGCCUCUGACACAUUUUAACAGAGAUUUACAAAAUUACGUAAAAGAUGCUCAUACAUUGUUAACAUAUAGUGUGAUAACAAAAUACCUCGAUAAAAAUAUUCUAGUGAAUCGAGUUCAACGAUUAAGAGCUGCAUUUUAUUUACGUCCUAAUUUACGAAUGGUACAAGCAUUGCAAUUUCUCCCUAAAUCGCCAUUAGUAAACUUAAUCUUAUGUCCAAGAAUCGAGAUGUACAAGUUGCCAACUGUUUCUGAAUUAGAGACAUUGAUCACAGGAGAUAAAUUAAAUGAGAAACAGAUGGAAGCUGUAAGCAAAAUAACCAAAGCAGUAAUCCAAAAAGAUACCAAAUUGUGUUUUAUUCAAGGACCACCUGGAACUGGAAAAUCGAAAGUUAUUGUAAAUAUAGUUACUCAAAUUUUGUAUGGAAAUAACAGAUAUACAAGCAAUGGAAGUUCUUUUACUAUGUUAGUUUGUGCUCCAUCAAAUGCAGCCAUUGAUGACAUUGUCUUAAGAUUAUUAGAAAUUAGAACCAUGAUUAAAAAGCAGGCAGAGAUAAAACCAUUUAGGAUGGUUCGUAUUGGGCAAUCACAAAUGAUGCAUUCAAAAGUGAAAGAUAUUUCUAUUACUGAAUUGGCGAAACGAGAAAUUAAAAAAACAUGCAAGUCGAACACUGUUCCAUCCGAUAGUAUAGAAAGUGAAAAAUUAUUUUUACAAUCUAAGAUUAACGCCCUUCAAUGUAAGCUGAACUCAAAUAAUUUGGAUAAAACUCAUAAAGACCAUGUUAGGAUGAAACUGGCAGAUAUGUCUGCAAAAUACGAGUUACUAAAGAAUCGUACAUCAACGAACGAAGUAAAUGAUAAAAGCAGAGAAAGCAUUAGAUUGCAGCGUGCGGCAGAAUACAAAAUUCUUGACUUUGCAGACAUAAUAACCUGCACCCUCUCAUCCUGUUAUACUAGUCAAAUGGAGUAUAUUUUUGGUGUUAAUAAGAAAAAGAUAUCUGUGUGUAUUGUGGAUGAAGCUACUCAAAGUUGCGAGGCAGAAACCUUGAUACCAUUGAUGUUAGGAAUAGAUACAUUGGUUUUAGUUGGUGAUCAUAAUCAAUUACCAGCUACUGUUCUGAGUACACGGGCAAAGAAAUAUGGGUUGGAUCAAUCGAUCUUUUCUCGAGUGCAAAGCGCCUUUGAUUUACAACCAAAUAAUCCCAUAAUUAUGCUAGACACUCAAUAUCGAAUGCAACCUGAUAUUUCCUCUUGGCCAAAUAAGUUCUUCUAUGGUUGUAAAUUAAAGAAUGCAGUAGAAUGCAAUGAUAACUUUCCAUUCCAUUCAUAUCGAAUUUUAAAUUUGGUUACAAAUCAGAAUCAUGAUAACUCAAACAAUGAAGAAGCAGAUUUUGUAGCUAAUAUUAUUUAUUGUAUGCUAAACUUUGCCAAUUUGGAUAAUUGGCAAUCAUGCAUUUCGUGCGGAAUUCUUACACCAUAUAAUAAUCAAAGAGCUAUGAUAUUGACUAAAGUUAAUGAAAAAAUAUCUUCGUUGCCAGAGAAUGUUAAGGGAAAAAUAAAAUAUAUUGUGGACACUGUAGAUCGUUUUCAAGGUCAAGAAUGUGAUGUGAUAAUUUUGUCAUGUGUGCGGAGUCAGAAGAUCGGUUUUCUAUCAGAUAGACAAAGACUUUGUGUUGCACUUACAAGAGCAAAACACAGCCUGAUAAUAUGUGGUAACUUUAACAUUUUCAUGAGGUAUCCAAUGUGGAAUUCAUUAAUAGCAGACGCGAAAGCGCGUAAAGUAUUUUUUAAUGUUAAUCCCAACGCGAAUUCUCAUGAAAUCAAAUCUUACGUAAUUAAACGUGUGAUGAACUAAUCGUUCAUGUUUCAUUGGACGAUUACAUAAAGUAUUCUUGUAUAUUUGUAUAAAUCUUACUUUAUUCUCUUCACCAUAGAUGUAAGAAGUAUAAACCACAGUUGUCAAAUGAAGAUGUCCUCGUUGAAAAAGAGAUAGAAACAUUUAACAUAAUUUCUCUCCUUCCUAAUAAAUACUAGAAUAUUAUUAAUAUACAUAGAAAAGAAGAGACCUCGUUAUUUAUUUGCAUCCCUUUUUAUGAGGUCCACUUGUUCAACAUGGCGUCCGUGGUCUAUACUUCCUAUACCUUCUUCACGCGGCUUGAAAUGUUGUAAAUUUCUGUUUCUGUAUGAUAUUGUCUUUGUAAAUAAUAAAUUUUUUAACUAUGGUGUCUUAAAUAGAAUAAAAUAAACAAACAUGCCCAUUA